GAGCACCAUCCCAAUCAGUGAAGUUGUUGCCAGGCCCUGCACAGAGAGAGGACAUUUAUUGUACCAGGUCCCACGCACAAUGAUGAUGACCAGUCCAGUGGUGUGCUGUUUCACCUGUCCGGGUACACCAUUGCUCUGUGAAACUUGUCUGUCUCCAUGGCAACAGCACUCUCUUGUGGCUGGCGAGGGCCACUGUUCCAACAGCAGGUGUGCCGUGGUGGGGGUCCUCCUCACCUGCGCUCUGGUCACCGACCCCAAGAGCAAAGUCAAGGGAUGCCCGGAGUUCCGUGCCUGUCCCAAGUGCCACAGCCUGAUCAUGCACGGCUGCGGCUGCAAGUACGUCAGCUGUUCGCAGUGCACACAUCGCUUCUGCUACAUCUGCCUGAGUGACCGUGGAGAGUGCAACAAGAACAGUGAACUGUACUGGUCUCUCACCUGCUCCAAGCCCACAGCGGGCAGACAGUGGUUCUGUAUGGGAUGAGGACUGUCCCAAUCAGGGAAGCCGACAGGGACAAAGGCGUCAGGCCCAGGGAGAGAGGGGGCCCAGAAUCUCUCCCCCAUGGAGAGAGGGGGCCCAGAAUCUCUCCCCCAGGGAGAGAGGGGGCCCAGAAUGGAACCCUACAGUGCAUUGUAUUGGGAUGAGACCCUUUCAGAUAACUUUGUCUCAGGCAUGGCCAAAGCUGUCAGCGGCCCUGGCCACAAUAAUAACACACCAGGCUAUAUCAAGUAAUCUUAUCAUGCAAAUGCCAAUGUGUCUGAUUUGAUUUUGUUUAAGUGAAAAUGUACAAAUUCCAUUAAGGUGUGCAGCACUACGGGUUUUUAAGAGAGAUUAUUCAUUCCUGAACACUGUAUAAAAGACAAACGUUGAGUUCUAAGUGUUGUAUGUUGAAAAAUAUUUUGUAUAGGACUAUUGUGUGUGUGUGUGUGUGUGUGUGUGUGUGUGUGUGUGUGUGUGUGUGUGUGUGUGUGUGUGUGUGUGUGU